CACUGACGUUUCGUUAAUGCCAACUGUCAAUUCAGCCAUCUUUUUCUUUUAGGUUUUCCAAAAACGAAAAGACCGCCAAAAUGUCUUCUCAUUUAGUUUGGGGCAUCAUUCGUAACAACAACGCAUUCUUGCUGAAGAAACGCAACAUUUCCAAACCUUUCAGCACUGAAGGCAACAACUUGACCAACCUGAACUCGUACAGAUACAACGGCCUGGUCCAUAAGAAAACCGUUUCUGUGGUUGACGCCGCUGACAAAAAAGGUUUCACUGUUGUCUACAAGAAGAACAAGAAGCAAAACAAACCCAGACAAAAUUUGGUCAAAAGGACUUUCAAGUCAGGCCCCAGAAGGUCAUUGUACAAGCUGAAAACUUUGUUGAAAUCCAACAAAUACAGAACAGAUUUGACCAAGGCUGCCCUUAGGAGAGCCAGUGCUGUCCUCAGGUCCCAGAGGCCUCAGCCAGCUAAGAAGGUCAAGGCAAAGAAACCUGUAAAAGCAGCAGAAUAAAUACAGGGCAAUGUUAUAAUUAAGAC